AUUCAUCCCGAGCCGACGCCCAAAAAAUCCUCUCCCCUUCUCUGGCCUUCUUCUCCCCCUCCCCCAAACCCUAGACCAAUCUCCGAUCACCGCUGCUGCCAUGGGCCAAGGAACUCCGGGCGGUCUCAACAAGCAUAAUUUCCCCGGCGACCGCAAGAACGAUGGCGACAGCAAAAAGGACAAGAAAUUCGAGCCCUCGGCCCCUCCUUCCCGCGUCGGUCGCAAGCAACGCAAGCAAAAGGGCCCCGACGCCGCCGCAAGGCUCCCCGUCGUCACUCCGGUCACCAAGUGCAAGCUCCGCCUCCUCAAACUCGAGCGGAUCAAGGACUAUCUCUUGAUGGAGGAGGAGUUCGUCGCGAAUCAAGAGAGGUUGAAACCUCACGAGGAGAAAUCGGAGGAGGAUCGGUCGAAGGUCGAUGAUCUGCGAGGGUCGCCGAUGAGCGUUGGGAAUCUGGAGGAGUUGAUCGAUGAGAAUCACGCGAUUGUUUCGUCGUCGGUGGGGCCUGAGUAUUAUGUUAGUAUCCUUUCGUUUGUGGAUAAGGAUCAGCUGGAGCCUGGAUGCGCGAUUCUGAUGCAUAACAAGGUCCUUUCAGUUGUAGGCCUUCUUCAAGAUGAUGUGGAUCCUAUGGUUUCAGUUAUGAAAGUUGAAAAAGCUCCUUUAGAGUCAUAUGCUGAUAUUGGUGGACUGGAUGCUCAAAUUCAGGAAAUCAAAGAAGCAGUUGAACUUCCGUUAACCCAUCCUGAGCUCUAUGAAGAUAUUGGAAUUAAACCACCAAAAGGAGUUAUAUUAUAUGGAGAGCCUGGAACAGGGAAGACUUUACUCGCAAAAGCUGUAGCUAACUCCACAUCAGCGACUUUCUUGCGUGUUGUGGGAAGUGAAUUGAUCCAGAAAUACUUGGGCGAUGGGCCCAAACUUGUCAGAGAACUCUUUAGAGUUGCGGACGAUCAUUCACCAUCAAUUGUCUUCAUUGAUGAAAUUGAUGCCAUAGGUACUAAAAGAUAUGAUGCUCACUCUGGGGGAGAGCGUGAAAUACAAAGAACUAUGUUGGAAUUGCUCAAUCAAUUAGAUGGUUUUGACUCAAGAGGGGAUGUUAAGGUUAUUCUUGCGACGAACAAAAUUGAAAGUCUUGAUCCGGCCUUGCUUCGACCUGGAAGAAUUGAUAGGAAAAUUGAAUUUCCCCUUCCAGAUAUUAAAACGAGACGACGCAUUUUUCAGAUACAUACAUCCAGAAUGACACUGGCUGAUGAUGUCAACUUGGAAGAAUUUGUAAUGACUAAAGAUGAGUUCUCUGGAGCUGAUAUCAAGGCAAUCUGUACAGAAGCUGGCUUGCUAGCUCUGAGAGAGCGCAGAAUGAAGGUGACUCAUGUGGAUUUCAAGAAGGCGAAAGAGAAAGUCAUGUUUAAGAAGAAGGAAGGGGUGCCUGAGGGACUUUAUAUGUAAGAAAGAGCAGCCUCUAUAAGGAACAGGUGCUUAAACUGAAGACUUUGAGGCGCACAUACUACGUACAUGCGUAUGUUCUUACUCAGGGACCAGUAUUAAUUGUUAAAGUUGGCAUGUAAGAAUCGACUUGCUCCGCUGGGUCACUUUCCUUAGUGUGGUUGCCUUUCUUUUCCUGUACCGCUACGAGAGAAUGAAAACAGGGAUGUUGAUUUAAAUGCUUUAUCAUUAUUCUGCUGUCAUUAGAGACCUUUUGCUUG